CUUUUAAAAAGUAAAAAUAUGUUGAGCUAAUUCUAAUCGAAGCCCAUAUUAGGGCUUCAAACUCAAAAUCAAUAAUUCAUCGUUAGCUGUUUAAAAUUCUCAGAAAAAUGUCAUUCAUCGAAGAAUUUCAAGCCAAUAUCGAAGCUCUUCCGAACCAUUUGCGGAGGAAGUAUGCGUUGCUGCGUGAUUUGGAUAAAAGUCUGCAAGGAGUCCAGACCCAAAAUGAACAACGUUGUGACAAAGAAAUAGAGGAUAUGAUACAGCGUAUUAAGGCUGGUAAUGUGACACCAGACUCUUCACUAAUCAAAUUCUCUGACGAUGCAUUGGAUGAGCAAAAGCAUGCAAUCAGGAUUGCUGAUGAAAAAGUUGCACUAGCUUCUCAGGCAUAUGAUCUGGUAGAUGCUCAUAUUCAGCAGCUUGAUCAGUACUUGAAAAAGUUUGACGAAGAUCUCCGGAGAGAACGGGAUACUGCUGUUGUUACUGGAGCUCCUGCUACCACUGUUGAAAAUAAUGUCAAAUCUGGAAGGUCUGGUGAGGGUAAGGGAGGGCGUAAAAAAACACGUCUUGCUACAGCAGCUGCAGCUACAGCCACUGCAGCAACACCAAGUGGAAUGGAUUUGGAUCUGCCUGUUGAUCCAAACGAACCAACAUACUGUUUCUGCAAUCAAGUUAGCUAUGGUGAAAUGGUUGCUUGCGACAAUCCUAAUUGCAAAAUAGAGUGGUUCCACUACGGCUGCGUUGGCCUCAAAGAACAGCCCAAGGGGAAAUGGUUUUGCGCAGAUUGUGCAGGAACGCAAAAGAAGCGGAAAGGGAAGUGAUAGAAAUAGGAAGAGAUCACCCAGUAUACUGAUGGAUAAAAUUAUUUUGUUACUGUAUGCGACUGUAAUUUUGUUCUAUGUUGGCUGUUUUCUUGACAAUGCUUAUGUAUAUUGUUUUGACUCUUCUGGUAAAACCUUUUUGGAGUCCAUUACUGAAAUGAUCAUUCAACUACUCGAAAUUACUUACUCGAGCAUGGGAUCCUUCA